UGCACUUUGGCACCACUCAUUAUUUUGGGCAGCGAAAGCCAAAGGAAAGGAAAACAUACACAGUUGUGAUUUGUAUUUUUGUUUUAAUAUCUGUCCAGUUUUAGAUUCAUUAGGGUCUUCCUCUGGAUCUUCUUUCUUUCAGUGUAUAUGCAAAGCCCCCCUCUUUCUAAUCGCCCGAGUUCGAUUCGAUCUCUCUCUCUCUCUCCUUUCGCUUUUCAAAAUUGGUCUUCGCUGUUUGGUUGUUGCUAGUGGAGUUGGGUUGGAUUUGGUUUGAAUCCGGUGUGUGGGUUUAAUUUGGUGAGAGUUUGUUGGAGACGAAGAAUGGAGCUUCUUCGAUAUGUCCAAGAAUGAAUAGGGACUUCGCUUCCUAUAUGCUAUCUCGCGUGCUUUUCCGACGUUAAUCUCCAGCCUCGAUUGUCAAUUUCUUUAGAAUUUAAGAUCCGCUGUUAGGGUUUUGUUGAUCAAAUGGGAUCGAUGACUGACGGUGGCGUAGAAAAUUUGAAAUCUGCGAGGAAGUUACUACUCGCCAGUCUAGAGAAAUCCAAAACCCUAGUAGCGACUCUUGAGCAACCCGGGCCUAUGUUCGAGGAGAUUAACCGCAGAUUACCUUCUCUAGAAGCUGCAGUUCGACCAAUCCGCGCCCAAAAGGAAGCACUCGUCGCUGUCGGAGGCCAUAUCAAUCGAGCCGUGGUCCCUGCAGCCGCCGUUCUUAAGGUUUUCGACGCUAUUCAUGGACUUGAGAAGUCUCUGUCGGAUCCCCAGUCGGAUCUCCCCGGUUACCUCUCCGUGCUUAAACGCCUUCAAGAGGCCUUGAGGUUUUUAGGUGAUAAUUGUGGGAUGGCAAUACAGUGGUUAGACGACAUAGUGGAGUAUUUGGAGGACAAUAAGGUUGCUGAUGAUCGGUAUAUUGUGUACUUGAAGAAGGCUCUCGAGGUGCUUCGGGAAUGGCAGAAUGAGGAAAGGGGUCACCUGGAUGGAGGCCUUCUUGGGGCUGCCUUGGAGAGGCUAGAGAAUGAGUUCAGGCGGCUGUUGAUGGAGAACAGUGUUCCCUUGCCGAUGCCUUCUUCAUCGCCGACAGUUGGGGAGCAAGCCUGUAUUGCUCCAUCUCCCUUGCCAGUGCCUGUUAUCCAGAAGCUGCAGGCUAUUCUUGGGAGAUUAAGCGCUAAUGAUAGGCUUGAGAAGUGCAUAUCUAUUUAUGUUGAAGUUCGCAGUUCGAAUGUCAGGGCGAGCUUGCAGGCACUCAAUUUGGAUUACCUUGAGAUCUCAGUGUCUGAAUUCAAUGAUGUGCAGAGCAUAGAGGGUUAUAUUGCUCAGUGGGGUAAGCAUUUGGAGUUCGCCGUGAAGCACCUUUUUGAAGCUGAGUAUAAACUUUGUAAUGAUGUUUUCGAGAGGAUGGGAUUGGAAGUGUCAAUGGGUUGCUUUUCUAGAAUUGCUGCCCAGGCAGGUAUUCUUGCUUUCCUUCAGUUUGGGAAAACUGUUACGGAGAGUAAGAAGGAUCCCAUCAAGCUAUUGAAACUGUUGGAUAUAUUUGCUUCUUUGAACAAACUGAGGUUGGAUUUUAACCGGCUUUUUGGGGGGUCUCCCUGUGCUGAAAUUCAGAAUCUGACAAGGGAUCUCAUUAAGAGAGUGAUAGAAGGGGCUUGUGAAAUCUUCGGGGAACUUUUAGUCCAAGUGGAAUUGCAGAGACAAGUGCCGCCUCCUUCAGAUGGCAGCGUUCCAAGGCUGGUGAGCUUUAUUACUGAUUACUGUAAUAGGUUACUCAGUGAAGAUUACAAGCCAAUGUUGACCCAAGCACUGGUCAUUCAGCGGAGUUGGAAGCAGGAAAUUUUCCAAGAGAGACUUCUUAUUGAUGAAGUGUUGAAUAUAAUUAGAGCCAUUGAGAUAAACCUAGACACUUGGUCAAAGGCUUAUGAUGACAGUGUGUUGUCGCAUUUUUUCAUGAUGAACAAUCAUUGGCAUCUGUACAAGCAUUUGAAAGGCACCAAGCUUGGUGCCCUGUUGGGAGAUUCUUGGUUAAGAGAACAUGAACAGUACAAGGAAUACUAUUCUACCAUCUAUGUGAGAGAGAGCUGGGGGAAGCUUCCUGCUCUUUUAAGCAGGGAAGGCUUGAUUUUGUUCUCUGGUGGGCGUGCUACUGCUCGUGAUCUGGUUAAGAAAAGGCUGAAAGGUUUCAAUGAAGCUUUUGAUAACAUGUAUCAGAAGCAAUCCAGUUGGGUUGUGGUUGAAAAAGAUAUGAGGGAGAGGACAUGCCAGCUUAUAGUGCAGGCUAUUGUGCCUGUCUACCGGAGCUACAUGCAGAACUACGGACCACUGGUUGAACAAGAUGCUAGUUCCAGUAAGUAUGCAAAGUAUACGGCACAGUCUUUGGAAAAAAUGCUCAGCUCUCUUUUUCAGCCGAAGCCGGUAAAACAUGGUAGUUUCAGGAUCAGACAGUCAAGUGGAAAAUUCACCAAUGGAAUUACAGAUGAGGGUGGUUCUCCUUCAACUGUUACAUGACUGACUGACCAUUCAUUAUUAUUUAGUCAUGGUUAACCUCAAAUAAUCCAUGCAUCAAUGUCCUUCCCCCCAUUCUUUAGAUAUUUGGGCAGUUGUCUUGUACAUAACAAAAUAUGGAAAAACCAGGCCACCAGUCACUUUGUAGCCAUUGGAUUCAGGAAAUUUCCUUGAGGCUUCUCUAUGAAAUGGAAUUCUGUUGGUUGCCUUGAGAGAGAAAGAAAACCAUCUCUACAUUUUGUUAGAGCUUGGUUUUCCCAUAAACAUCAGGUACAAUGAGGAGAAUCUGUAGUACCGCUGUUUCAGGUUUCAAUCAAUACUGCUCAAUCCUGGAACUAUUAUGCUGUUUUUGUCCUUAGGUUAACUUUGCUUAUCUUAAACAGAAUGCUGGUGCUUUCUCUUGCAUGUUCUUGGAGCAAGAAUGGAUUUCUUUGUUUUAUAAUUCAAAGCAUAUUUCUGUAAUGUUGAUAACAAUGGCAAUGCUGAAUGAACUAUAAGCGCCCAUUAACUGUGGUAGGAUCUUUUAAUGUGUGUGUGAUUUCUGUGGAGAAGUGCGUGCCUUUCAGUUGCAAGCUCCCUAGGAACCGCAAUGAGAACUGCCUUGUGUGUUUGCCUGGUGUGUUUUCCAAGACCUUAUUAUGCUGGUGUGUUUUCAAAAGCAUGGCUGUCGAGUAGCUUGUUCGAUGGAUCAUCUGUUUGUAAGCAGAAAGUCAUAGGCUUGACCCUUAUGAUCAGGGUUGGCUAGGUUGGUUUAAGGGAUCUGUUAUAUAUGGUCAUAUUUUGGUGAAGAACCAAUUUAGAGCGGAUAGAAACUAGUUUGUUAGCCAGUUCAUAAUGAAGCACUUGCUGCUAGAGGAACAAGCAAAAAGCUUCUCUGCAGAGGGCUUUGGCCUCCCACUUCUUGCUUGGUAAGUGUUAGCUGGUGUGCCAGAACUGAAAACAACUGAACAGAGUCAUUACCUUUCUCGUGAACCGGUGAAAAAAGUUACUGCUUGAAACAAGGGUCAUAAUGUUUCCGCUUGAAGUGUAAGUAGGCAUAGUCUGGAACCGCAGAGAACUAGUAGGGCUUCAUAAAUUACAUAAGCAAUGACCCCGUCUGGUUUCAAAUUUUAUGCAUCAAUACGACCAUCAGUUCCUGGAACAUCUUCAGC